AUGGGAGCUGCCUCCAAGGCGGCCAAGGUUCCCCCUUUGUUUCAGAGGAGGAGGAGGAAGCAAAAUCCCUUGUUUCCGUGGCUUUCUGCCCUGGCUCCAUGCGAGUCCGGAAUUCUGAAAGCCGGGGCAGGGAGUUCGGAAAGGGGAGAAAGGCAUGGCCGCGCUCGCCCCUCCGAGGAUUGUUUAGGGCAGGCGCUUUGGAGAAGAGGUUUGAUUGUGGCAUCUCUUCUGAGUGUCUGUCGGUGGUGCCUGGUGUGGCACUUUCCUCCCACCCUCCCUGGGCAAUCGAAGAAGACGACAACGACGAAGAAGAUGAAGGAGGACGAGGACGAGAACGAGGAGGCGGAGAAGAAAAGUCUACACGGGCCGCCAGAACAGCUAUACGAAAUUGUGACGUUGGUGAAUGAGCUGCUCCCGCCGCUGCCGGAUGGUCAGGCAGUCCCUUUGGCUGCGGGGGCAGCGCCGUCGUCGUCGUCGAGCGUGGGCGGAGGAUCUCGAGGUGGACGAAAGCAUUCGGGCAUGACAAUUGCAAGCAGGGCGGAGGAAGGUGGGGGUGGGGUAGGCGUGGAAACAUCGGCUCGUGAGAUACUUCUGCGAAAUCAGCCGGAGCUGCUGGAACAAUUCGGCAAUGACUUGUUCCCGGUGCUUGUUCAGGUGUAUGGGUCGAGCGUGAAUCCUCCGGUUCGGCACAAGUGUUUGGCGGCGAUCAUCAAACUGGUCCAUUUUACCGCGCCGGAAAUGUUGCGGUCGUUGUUGCAGGAGUCGAACAUAUCGAGUUUCUUGGCGGGCGUGUUGGCAUCGAAGGACAUGUCGCUGCUGACGAAGGCGUUGCAAAUAGCGGAAAUGCUGAUGCAGAAGCUGCCGGAUGUAUUUGCGAAGAUGUUUGUAAAAGAGGGAGUGGUGCAUGCACUAGACACUCUGAUCACGUCGGAGCAGGUGGGAGCCUUGUCCCCCCCAGGUGGGUCUCGGUCGGCGGAUUUGGCAGCGAAUGCAGUGGUGACUGCCAGCGGGGGGAUCCUGCCUCCACCUCGACCUCGAAGGGGAGGGGCGAGCAGGAGGAAGUCGAUGGGGAGCACGGACGAGGAGGCUGGGUUGUCGACGAGCGCUCCAUUGUCUACAACGAUGGCGUCGCCACCUUCCGGAGGUGAGCCGUUGCGGACCAUCCGGUCUGGGCUUCGGGCAAGCGCGAUCGCGCGUGCGAAGAAAAUACGCAACACUUACUUCCCGGGAGACGCGGGGGCGGCGGAUGAGGGUGUGACAGAGAGUCUGCGGAAGCUGAAGAAGUUAUGCGCGCAGCUUAACGGAGAGGCAAGUGGUGGGGAGGGGAAGGGAAAGGGUCUAGGUGGUGGGAGAGGUGCGGGAUUGAGCGAGGAGCAGCUGGGUGCGGUGGUGGGCGUACUACUUGGGGAGCUGGGGGCUGGGGACGGCGUGUCGACGUUUGAAUUCGUGGGGAGCGGAGUGGUUGGGGGCUUGAUAAACUACUUUACGUGCGGUAACACUGCGAAGGAGAACGUGGAGGACCCAGGGUUGCGGGAGCAGGCGCUGAAGAGGAUGAAACAAUUCAUCGAGGUGGCUCUGCCUCGGGAGACAGGCGUGAGCGGCAGCGAUGCCCCUCUGACGCUGUUGGUGCGGAAGCUGCAGAAUGCACUGGCUUCGUUGGAGCGGUUCCCGGUGGUGUUGAGCCACGCACCUCGGUCGAACAGCUGGACGGUGAGCAUUGCGGCAGGCCUGAGUGCGCUGACGCAGCCUUUCAAGCUGCGGCUGUGCAGGGCGACUGGGGACAAGACGUUGCGGGAUUAUUCGAACAACAUCGUGCUGAUCGAGCCGCUGGCAACGCUGAUCGCAGUGGAGGAUUUUCUUUGGCCACGGGUUAAGCGUCAUGAGCGGGCAGGGACAGCAGCGACGGGCGCAGCAAGCACGAGCGAGGCGAGUGCUCCCAUACCAGUCCCAAAUGCCGAGAGGCGGCCGUCGACUCGUUCUCGUAGUGCGGCGGCGGCUGCGGGGAUGGGUAGCGGGAGGAGUUCGGAGAGCUGGGGUGGUGCGAGUGGGGCGAAAGGGAAGGGCAAAGCCGUGAGUCGGUCGCUGGGGGCAAGCCCAGGCGGCGACGAGUCGCGGGGACCUGAGACUCGAAAUGCAGCCGCUCGACGGCGUGCAGCAGCUGCGAGCGCGUCAACCGAGAAGGCUGCAUCGGAAGGCGAGAGCGAGGAGGACGUGGAGGUUUCUCCAGUGGAGUUGGAGGAAGCCGUGGCGAUGGACGAAGACGAUCUCUCUGAAGAGGAAGACGAGGACGAAGACGAUGAUCACGACGACGUUUUUGGGGACGAUCCAGUGGCGCCCUGUAAAAGAGACCAAGUUCAUGACGUGCAACUUGGCGACGCGGAGGGCGGGGCCGUGGCAUCUUCGAGCGAGGCGUCGCAACCUUCGGGAGGUGCGAGCGUGGUUAGCAGGACUGGCGCGUUGACGUCGGGUGCCGAAUCGAGCGGGACGAGGACGGGGGGAUCUCGUGGUGCGUUGUCGUACGCGGCGGCAGCCCUGGCGAGCGCCGGCGUGAACGGCAGUCGGGGUGGCGGUCGUGAGCGCAAGUCGGUGGGAGCGGCGGCUGCUGCAGCAGCGAAUUCGCCUCCGAAGCUGGUGUUUUGUCUCGGGGGAAAGCAGCUGAACCGUAUGCUGACAAUAUUCCAGGCGAUUCAGCGUCAAGCAGUGGCCGAAGAGGAUGAAGAGGAGCGGUAUGGGGGAUCUGAGCAUGGCGGUGGCAGCGGACGCAGGCUGUGGGACGAGGUGUACACGAUCACGUACCAGAGGGCGGACGCGAAUGGGGAGGCGACGGCGUCCGCGGUUGGAAAGUCGGCAAGCGCAAGUCCUCGGGGUAAGGGUUGCGGGUCGGCAAUGGAGGGGUCGUGGCAGCAGGCGUCACUUCUGGACAGCACGCUGCAAGGAGAACUGCCUUGCGACCUGGACAGGUCGAACAAUUCGUACAGUAUUUUGUUGCUGCUGCGGGUGUUGGAGGGGCUGAACAAGCUGGCACCACGUCUGCGUGCUCAAGGUGCGUUGGAGGCGUUCGCCGCGGGGGAGGUGGAUAGGGUGGACGAGUCUCCAGGUGCGGGGCCGCUGGUUCCGCGGGAGGACUUUUUAAGCAGCAAGUUGACUCCAAAGUUGGCGCGUCAGAUGCAAGACGCGCUAGCGUUGUGUAGCGGCGGGUUGCCGUCUUGGUGCGGGCAGCUGACUCGUGCGUGUCCGUUUCUGUUUCCGUUUGAGACGCGUAGGCAGUAUUUUCAUUCAACAGCAUUCGGGCUGUCGCGGGCGCUACAGAGGCUGCAACAGCAGCAGAGCGCGGACGGGGCAGCGGCUUCGAACGACCGGGAGCUGCGGGUGGGGAGGCUUCAGCGUCAAAAGGUGCGGGUGUCCCGACAGCGGAUUCUGGAGUCAGCGGCGAAGGUGAUGGAGCUGUACUCGGGGCACAAGGCGGUGUUGGAAGUGGAGUAUUUUGGGGAGGUGGGGACGGGACUGGGGCCUACGCUGGAGUUCUACACGCUGCUGAGCCAUGAACUGCAGAAAGAAAAGCUAGAUAUGUGGCGGUCGGAGACGAUGAUGAAGUCAGAGGCAAUGGCGGGGGUUGAGUCGGCGGAGGUGGAGGCAGUGGACGCGGACGUGGAGAUGGUGGAGGAGGAGGUUGCGGAGGUGGAGGCGCUGUCGAUGGGAGAGGGCGAUCGGGGGAGCGCUGAGGGGGGAGCAAUCUCGGGAGAGUACGUGACCGCUCCGCAGGGGCUGUUCCCCCGACCUUGGCAUCCGGACACGGACCCAGGGAGCAACAAAAAGUACUGGAAGGUACUCGAGCAUUUCCGGCUGCUGGGGCGGGUGAUGGCAAAGGCGCUUCAAGAUGGGCGGUUACUGGACGUGCCGAUGUCAACAGCGUUCUACAAAAUCAUUUUGGGGCAGGAGUUGGACUUGUACGACAUACAGACGUUGGAUCCGGAGCUUGGACGGACGCUGUUCGAGAUGCAAGGUUUGAUUAGGCGGAAGCAGCUUCUUGAGACUCAUGGUGGGAAGCGGGAGGAGGUAGAGGCAUUGACUUUCAGGGGAUCAAGGUUGGAAGACCUUUGCCUCGAUUUUACCCUUCCAGGGUACCCGGAAUACGAGCUGCGGAGCAACGGGCGGGAGGUUGCGGUGGAUCUCGACAACCUGGAAGAGUACGUAUCGCUGGUGGUGGAGGCGACGGUGAAGGUGGGAGUUGGACCUCAGAUUGAGGCGUUUCGGUCCGGGUUCAACCAGGUGUUCCAGUUGUCCUCUCUGCAAAUUUUCAGCGAGGACGAGCUGGAUUAUCUGCUGUGCGGGCGACGAGAGCUGUGGGCGCCGGAAUCUCUUCCUGAUAUUAUGAAGUUCGACCAUGGAUAUACUGCGUCGAGUCCUCCUAUCCGAAACCUGUUGGACAUAAUGUGCGAAUUGAGUCCGGAGGAGCAGCGAGCAUUUUUGCGAUUUGUGACGGGAGCGCCGCGACUUCCUCCUGGGGGACUCGCAGCGUUGAAUCCGAAGCUGACGAUCGUUCGAAAGCACCCGACUGGCGGUAGCGGAGUGGCACUUGGUAGCACACCACCUGGAGCUGCAGCAGGAAUGGGGACGACGUUGGCGGACAGGGAUCUGCCGAGUGUGAUGACGUGUGCGAACUAUCUGAAGCUUCCUCCGUACUCAUGCAAGGAGAUCAUGAGGGAGAGGUUGUUGUACGCGAUACAUGAAGGACAAGGGUCGUUCGACCUGUCUUAGAUACAUCUACAUAUAUACAUAUAUAUAUUUUUUGUGGGUGUGUAGCGUCUCAGAUUUGAGGCGAUCUGCUUCGUGGAAGAAGUUGAAUGGGGUACUUCGAGCUCAGGAGGUGACGUUAUAGCAAUGGAACGGCACUUGGAAGCAGGGAUGGUGCGUUUCCAAUUUAAUGUACAUAGUGGACAUGGAUGGUGGCGUAGUUUGUGGACGGGUUGUCCUAGCGAGCUUCGAGACGGUGCUGAUGAUUUUAUUGGCAUUGUGCGAACGGCAUGCAGUAGACACGAUGGAAACUACCAUACCUGGUAGUUGUAUGGCUUUUCAAACAGAAGGGAGAUGUGGAGGCAUCUUGGUUUACCGAGCAGUCUGUAUGGUGUCUGCCUGUUACUGAUUAUGCGACAACUGUACUGGGUGUGAUGUGACAGCAUGCUGCUCAGUUGCAAAUCUACAGUUUAGUUCUCUGAAAUGGAUAUAGCCAUUUUACAUAGUUUUAUUUUAAACAGGUGUUUUGGAUAGUGUAUGCAGGCGAAGUUGUCAGCAGCAGUAGUGAUUUUAUUGAUCUUUUCCUGCUGUUUGUUUCAGACUUUGCUACUGGGUUGUAGGCUUUUGUCGUUGUUGUGUAAUAUUUAGUUUUGAAUAUCAUUUGUUGGGUUUGGGGGUAUCAAUCUA